GAGAAGCGAAGCCUGUCGCUUCCUCCCCUGCCCUAACUCAGUUCCUCCUCCUCCUCCCUCUUUCGCGAGCGUUUCUGAGUUCCCCUUCGAGAAGAGAGAAGCGAAGCCCGUCCCCCUUCGCGCCCUAACUUCUUCGGCUGCACACUAGCAGACAAGGAGCAAUUUGAGUUUGAGCACCAACCAGCAAGUUAUAGCACAUCAAGUUUUGUGUGAAAUCAGGCUUCGCUCUACUUUGUCGGUCGCAACUUCGGUGAAGAAAGUAUCAUGGAAGAAGGAAAAAUUGAUUCAAAUGAGAUAACGGAUAACAAUGACCAUAUGGAUCAAGACCCAUCUCCAUCUAGUGUAAAUGAAGUCAAGCUCCCUGAGAUUGGAAUGACUUUUUUAUCUGAAGAAGAAGUUCGUACUUUUUAUAAUUCGUAUGCUCAGAAUGUUGGUUUCAGUAUUUGCAAAUUAGGUGGUAGAAAUGGAGAUGAUGGAAAGCAAAAAUAUUUCUCUAUUGGAUGUGCCAAAAAUGGUAGAAAAGUAUCUCAAGCAAAAAAUGUUUUAUACCCUCGACCUUCUACUAAGAUGAAUUGCAAAGCUAAGAUUAAUGUUGCUAUUCGCAAUGAUGGAAGUUUUGUGAUAACUAGUGUAUGCCUUGAUCAUAAUCAUAUUUUGAGCCCUGGAAAGUCACGACAUUUUAGAUGUAAUAAAGUAUUGGAUUCAGCUACAAAGAGAAAAUUAGAGUUAAAUGAUCAAGCUGGAAUAACUUUAUGUAAAAGUUUUCAAUUAUUUGUAGUUGAGGCUGGAGGCUAUGAGAAUUUAGCAUUUGAUGAGAGAAAGUGUAGAAAUUAUAUUUCAGAAGUUAGAAGGUUGAGGUUAGGGGAUGGAGAUGCUGAAGCUUUGAGUAAUUAUUUUUGUCGCAUGCAAAGUAGGAACUCUAACUUUUUUUAUGUGCUUGAUUUAGAUGGGGAAUCUCGAAUAAGAAAUAUUUUUUGGGCAGAUGCAAGAUGUAGGGCUGCAUAUGAAUACUUUUCUGAUGUCGUGACUUUUGAUACAACCUAUUUGACUAAUAGUUAUGACAUGCCAUUUGCUCCAUUUGUUGGGGUGAAUCAUCAUGGUCAAUCUAUUUUGCUAGGAUGUGGAUUAUUAUCAAGUGAAGACUCAGCAACUUUCAUAUGGUUGUUCAAAUCUUGGUUGUCAUGUAUGCUUAGACGUGCUCCAAAGGCUAUAAUCACAGACCAAUGUCGCGCCAUGGCAAUUGUAAUUGAAGAAGUAUUUCCGAAUUCGCAUCAUCGUCUGUGUCUUGGCAUAUCAUGAAAAAACUUCCAGCAAAAUUAGGUGGCCAUGCUCAAUACAAAACGAUAAAGAAACAAUUGAAGAACAUUGUUUAUAACUCUCUUACAAUUGAUGAGUGUGAUGAAAAUUGGUUGAAAAUGAUUGAGGAGUUUAAUUUGGAGAACAAUGAUUGGUUGAAAUCUUUGCAUAAAGAACGGAAUAAAUGGAUACCUGUAUAUGUUAAAGAUAAGUUUUGGGCAGGUAUGUCCACAUCUCAAAGAAGUGAAAGUAUGAAUGCAUUUUUUGAUGACUACAUUCAUUCUAAAACAUCCUUGAAGCAAUUUGUUGAGCAGUAUGAUAGUGCUUUGAAGAAGAAGAUUGAGAAUGAAAAACAUAUGGAUUUUGUUUCUUUUAAUUCUAUAAUGCCAGUUAUUCUUGGUCAUCCUAUUGAAAGACAAUUUCAAAAUGCUUACACAAACAACUUAUUUAAGUUGUUCCAAGAUGAAAUUAGGGGGUUGAUGUUUUGCAAUGCCUCUUUGUUGAAAGAAGAAGGGACAACUUUAGUAUUUGAAGUAGUAGAAACUAUGUUGGGAAAGAAUGGAGAACCUGUAAGAGAAGUUUCCUUUAGGGUACAUUACACGGAGUUACAUUGCCAAUUGAAGUGUGUGUGCCGUCUAUUUGAGUUUCGGGGAAUUUUAUGUAGGCAUGUGAUCAAUGUGUUGAUAAGAAUGAAGGUGAUUGAGGUUCCUAUGAAUUAUAUUAUGGACCGAUGGCGCAAAGAUAUUAAGCGUGGUUAUCAAAGUAUCAGUAACAUCUAUGAUGAUUAUGGUUGUGAUGGAGAAAGACAUCGGUAUAAUAUUCUCACUCUAUUGAUACAAGAGGUUCAACAACUUGGCGCAAAAAAUGACAACAGUUGUUCAGUUUUGGUGGAAAUGUUGAAAGACACGAAGGAAAAAUUGAUUGCUAUUGAUUUUGAGCAUUCAAGGGCUGAACAAUUGAAAGAAGUAUCUACAUCCAGUGCAAAAGCGAUACAUUCUCCAUUAAAAGUAAGAUCUCGAGGUCGUCCACCUACAAAGAGGAAACAAUCUAAGGUUGAACAAAUUAUGAAGAAAUCAAUUGCAAAGGUCCGAAAGAAGGGAGUUGCAUGUUCUGAAGCUUGUUCUGAAACUAUUGUAUGACCUGCUAUUCUGAAAUCACUGCAGGGAGUUGAUUGGUGGCUGAUUGCUUGUAGUCUAUCUUGCUGUCCUGAGUAAAAUUCUGCUGGAGCUUCUAUGAUAUAUGAGGGUUGAACCUGCUGCAGGGAGUUACUGGGUCUAGGGAGUUACUGGGUCUGAAGAUUUUUCUGAAGUUGUUGUCUGACCUGCAUAUGUAACUGGAGCCUAGUUCAUUGUUGUUUUUUUUUGGCAUAAUUGUUGAGCUCGUAUGUAUAUGUAUCUGGAGUCUUUUUAGAUUUGGAGUUACUUUGAUGGAAUUGGCAUAGCUUACUUGUAAUGUGAAAGUGUUAUUCUAGCUUCUAUCUAGAGUCUAUGGAAGUGUUAUUCUAGCUUAAUUUGGAGUUACAUUAAAUAAAUCUUUAUUCUGCUGU